GUGACCGGUGAAAAACGAACUACAGAAUAUCUCAGAAGAAACUCAGAAGUGUGGUACAAAAUGGUUCAAGAUUCGUCACAACCUGGUCACACCUCAAGAUUCAAAGCAUUUUGGGCUCGAAAAUUUGGAUCAAGCUCUACAGUACCAACAAUAUUAAAAGACGCUAAUGCAUCGGAGGAUAAGAAAAACAACGGAAAGAAGAAGCAAAUAACUUUUGUAGAGCCUCAUCGGCUUCCUAGAGUAGGCUCUUGGGAAUCUCCAUCGCGUUCUUUGAUAACUAUCAGCAGGGGUACUCAAACUCCUACCCAGUCACCUCAGAAGACCAAACGCAGUAGGGAACCUUCUCCCGAGCCAGGUCCUUCGCAUCGGUAUCCCGCGCCUAAGAUCCGCUUAGAGAAAUCCAAAUUUCGGCGGUACCCAGCGCCUGAAUUUACAUCUGAUGCUUCUACAAACACUUCUGUCGAAAACAGUAUACAAAGCCAGCUCGCGAAAAACCCCAAUAAGUAUCUUCUUUUGGCAAGGCUUGCCUUAGCAGUGCCAAUAAAUUCAAAAACUGGCUUAGCAUACAUACGCCCACGAAGUAAAUCUCUAGAGGCGUACAAAUCAACAUACAAAGUACAAAGCCCAAGCCACUCGUCUCCCCCCUCCCCAGCUCCAUUCGCACCAGGAGAGAGUCGGCGACAAUCGUUCACAUAUAUUUUUAGGGAGACGUAUGAAUUUGAAGACUUGUCGUCAGGGAGCGAGGACGGCAGUUGCACAGACUUUUCUUCUAGAUUCAGUCGUCUUUUUGAGAAUUACAGAGAAUACGAAAAUAUCCGCGGCAGGCUUUGCACGUCGGAGCCUCACAAUAUAAACUCGCUGGCCGACCUUCCGUAUUUCAACCAAGAAUCAUACUAUCGCAAUAAUUAUAGAACAAGAUCUGCAAUGAAUCCUCUUGAAGAUCACGAACGGAAAGUUAUUAUUGAGUUCUGUCACCUUUUAGAGAAGUCGAAGCAGCUCUUCAAUGGUUUACGGGAGCUCCCCCAAUAUGGCCACAGGCAAUGGCAUUCAUAUUUUGGGCGUACUUUUGACGUUUACACAAAACUGUGGAAAUUCCAACAACAACACCGCGGUGUACUCGACAACAAGUACGGUCUCAAGAGGUGGCAGAUUGGGGAAAUUGCAUCGAAAAUCGGGCAACUGUACUACCACUUUUACCUACGCACUAGCGAAACUGGAUAUUUGAGUGAAGCAUUUUCAUUCUAUUCUGCAAUUCGAGGCCGCAGUUACUAUACGCAGGCGAGCCGAGAAGACAAGUGCGAACUGAUGGUUAAGAAGCUCCGAUACUACGCAAGAUUCAUUGUUGUCUGCCUUCUCCUCAAGAAACUGGCUCUCGUAAGAGAUUUGAUUAAAGAACUAGAUAAACAAAUCGUUGAGUACGGAGCAACAUACGAUCCAGAUGACCAGAUAGAAUGGACUUUCGUUAUGGAUGAAGUCAAAGCCUUCAUAGUCGCUGAAGCUGCCGUGACUGUUCUUCAUCCGGACAACUAUCCCAUAGUUCUCUCUCAUAGACUCAACAUGAUGAGCGUCCCACCGCCGGAGCGUCCAACAGCAGCAACUCUAACACUUCAAGAAGCCGUUAUAGUGGGCAGCGUAUCGCAGCAAGUUAAAUUCUCAGAACUAACGAUGGAUAUGUACCGAAUCUUGCAAACCCUAGAAUGGGAACCAACUGGGGAAAUGCCUCAAGUGUACAACGAAUCCCCGCGACAUCGCUUCGGUCCAACGCCACAGAUUAUUAAAGCCUACAACCACGACAACACAGGACGUCAUGAAAAUCCUCACAAGUACCUGCUAUUCAAGCCAUCAGCCGCCCAAGUGUUGGUGUACUUAGCCAGUGGUUGCUUCGACCUGCCCUCUAACGGCGUUCUGCUCCUCUACAUAUCUGCCGAUGCUUAUAUUGUCCCCGCUUCGAAAGUAUCUGAAGACACUGGAUACGACAUCGGAGGUCUUAUGACAAAUGUCAAGAGCGACUUGUAUCGGGACCGGGAAAAGGAAAGAGAAAGAGAAAGGGAUAGAGAUAGAACACGAGAGAGAGACCGUGACCGGGAAAGGGAUCGCGAGCGUGACAGGGAAAGGGUUUGGGAUCGUGAUAGGGAUCGCGAGCGAGACAGGGAGCGUGAUUCCGAUCGUGACAGGGAACGGGACAGAGACAAAGGCGAUCGUGAUCGCGAUCGCGAUCGCGAGCGUGACAGAGAAAAAGGCGAUCGUGAACGAGAGCGGGACAGAGACAAGGGUGAUCGUGAACGGGACAGAGAGAAAGGCGAUCGUGACCGAGACAUAGAUGCGUCUCGUGAACCAAGACCGUCACAAUCUAAAACCAAAGAUUCCCAAUGCAUCCACCCUGGGGACUUGUACCCGUUUACCCGAUGCCCCCUGUUCAUUAUCAUCGACUCGGACAACUCGUACAUCUUUCAAAACAUUCCGCGGCACUUCGCGCAGCCGCUCAUCGUACUGAUGUCGCCGUUGGAAGUUCCGAGUACAUUUCCUUCGGAUUACAGGAAGGAGGGCAGUUUGUUCACGCUGUUCCUGCACUCGCCGCUGUCGGCAUUCUGCUACUGCUGCGACAUUAAGACAGUGCCGCUGGUGCAGUGGGAACGCUCGCAGAGCUACAUCGAAGCCUUCAUAAUAGAAGCCGCGCAAGUCAUGAUGAGACAUCGCAUUGACCCAGCAUUCAUAGCAUUCAUGGCGGAUGACUUCUUGCGGCUGCUGCUACUUCGCUUCAUAUUCUGCGCCGUGGCUCUGCGCAUGCAUCGCGGCUUCCGCUCCAGGAACCAGCUGCCCCGCUCCUCGCCCCCGCUCCCUGACGAUUUACUCGAGCACCCGACCCUCGUGCACAUCAUCAUGGACUUAGCUGUUCAUCUGCAGGUUAGAAGCCACUUCCAUGAUUCAUCUGGUCCACCAACUACCAGCAACUAA